CUUCAACCUAAACUGAGCAACUUUUGUAGAAACGUCAACCCUCGAUACGCGUGUCGUUGGAAUACCCCGAGAUGGCCCGCAAAAUGCCAGGCGCAUGUCUACAGAGUCUUAGUUGCCUGUAUGCAUGCGUAAGCGGAAUUCAAGUCUUCUUUCUACAUUAAUAGCCAACAUCCUCGGACCCCAUUUCUAAAGUGUAUAACCCAAUUCACUACCAACAGCUUAACAUCCACCAAAAUGAAGGUCUACACAGUCCUUACGCUCUUCGCGGCUACUGCCGUAGUAGCUCAGACGAAUACUCAGACGGAUACUCAGACGGAUACUCAGACUGAUACUCAGACUGAUACUCAGAAUGCUACGGCUGCAACCACAGCUACGGCGGCCGUAACCGCAACUAGUACGACCGCCGCCCGCGCGACUAGCGAUGGCACAGACGCUACCGCUAGCAGUGGCGCAAGCGACGCUGCUACCAGCUCGGGCACAGACGUUGCCAACAGUGCUGCCAGCAGUGCUACUGACAGCGCUGACGCUGACGCUAGCGCUACUAGCGAUGCAGUUGUAGAAACCACCGGCAGCGAUGUCGUUGUUGCUACCAGUGCCGGCGACGCUACAUCUCCUACCACUAUCAUUGUUCCCCAGAGCACAACCGAGGCGGGAUCCUCUGCCGUGGCCGAAACCGAUAUCGCCAGUACCACCGCUGCUCAGGAAGCGGGUACUACCGCCGUGGCUGGAACAGGAUCGGCCGGAACAGCUGGAACGGCUGGAACUGAUGUUGCUUCUGCAUCCUUCAGCUCAGGAUCGGGUGCUAAUGAUAUUUUCGCAACUAGCGUUACCGAUAGCGGAGAGGGAGAGGCUACUGCUACUCUAUCCGGCCCUACUUCCACUUUUGACAUCGGCGACUCGUCUGAGACUUCAAGCUCAACUGUCGUGCCGGAAGCAGGCGCCGGCGCCACAUUCGGAGCCGGCUCUAACAGCAUGUUAGCUCUUGUUGCUCUAGCUGCGGCCGUCCUGUUGUUUUAGAAGACAUGCGCAACGGGUCCGGACCGAAUAAGUUCGGAUGUGUGCAUAACAUCUACAUGCCGCAUAGGCCCAUCGCUGGAUAGCUGGAAGAUCUUCUAUCUAUCUGUUUAUCAUUUGCCUUUUUAGACAAUUCGAUUCGUUAUAUGUUCUCGCUCGCCGAGUCAACCAGGCCGGCCCUCGGGAGGCUGGACGGCUUGGCUGCUUUUGGUCAUUACUGAUCUUACUAUGCUUUUAACCGAUUUAAUCUGUUUUGGAAUACCGGGAACAAAAUUAUGGGUGGAUGGACGAUUCAUUGGGCCCGACCCGGCCCGGUAAUUCCAGCAUCGGAAAGGCGUUGCGGCAACCAUGCUCUGUAUAAGCUUGUAAUUGAACUAGACGUUGCACUUGGGCAACACCGAUUCCCCGCAGAUACUCACAAGCCAUAGUUUAGAAGACGAAGCUGGCUAAGUGGUGGUGUGCAUACUUGAGAAACUGGAGACAUAGUUAGCCAUUAGUUACAUAGAGUUGAGCUGCUUUGGUUGGUUUAAUUGGACAAAGUAUCUAAUAGUUUAACGCAAUGAAAAUCGUUGAUAUUUGUAAA